AUGCAAGCAGGGGAGGGAUUGUGUUCAAUAGCAGUAUUAAUAAGCAAUAAUUUUCGUACUAUUAUUUACUUUAGAUUGGAUCUGACAAAUAGUUCAAUAUCAUCCAAUUAUCUUGUGGGAGGACCGAUACUUUCUGGCUCCACAUUGGAUGUGUUUAUUCGUACUCAACUGAACAUUCGUGGUGGCACGAUUGAUGCUGGACGUGAAUUAACAAAAUUUCCAUUAGUUGAUCCAAUCGUAUUGGUUGACGAGUUUGAUACGUGGUACUUCGAUCAUCUUCAUGGACUAUUUGAAUUGAAUCUGGUCCCUAUUGAAAACACGUUUCCGCACAAAUGGAAAUUGACGCCUGAUACAAAACUUUUCUAUGUAUUCGAAUUUGCAGAUGACAUUAGGAGUACGAAUCAAGAUGAUGCACAAAGACCAAUGAGUAUUGAUCGGCCGAGAACUGUAUCUUUACAAUGUUUUGUUGCAGAUGUUUGUGAAAAAGAAAACAAUGGUAUGACUCAAGACUGGACCAAAGCUUUACGUGCUGAUCAUCUUUUUACUUAUGAUCAUCUUGCCAAUUUGAAAUUUACCGAAUGGGAUCAAUUGAAGGAGUUGCCAUUGAAUGGAAGAAAGAUUCUAAAAUCGUAUGUCGAUCGAGAAAAGCAAAUGGCCAGUGAUAUCAAAACAUCGGGCAAGGAAAGCAAAACUAAGUCAAGCACUGAUAUUCAAUCUGUAUCUGAACUACGGGCGUAUAUUCACCAGAUCACAUUGUACUUUCAUUAUGUAUUGUUCAGAGAAUUUUCAAAAGCGGGAGUUCAAUCUCCAGCUAAAUUAGAUGCUGAAUGUGUUCAAUUAUCGUUUGAUGAGAUGCGCCGUGAAGGUUUCGCUGACGAUGGUCUAUUCGAUCAAAUGAAAUUAUUUUUUCUACCACUAACCAUGGUCGAAGAAGAUCUAACCAUAAACAAAAAGGUAUGGAAAUCAAUAUCAAAGAGUUUAUCAACAGAACGAAACACAUUGAUGGGCAAAAAACAAGAAUUAAGCAUUCAACUGAAUGAAAAACUAGAUGAGUAUUAUCGCCACGAUGAUGCGAUUCGAAAUUUAAGACUUAAUCCUCAGUCUACUACACAAAGAUCCGCUGAGGCCAGGAGAGAGGAGUAUGAAACAUUUUCUACGACGGAGUUGAUUCAGGAACACAGACUAGCUAUGCAAAAAUUUGAACCAAUACGAGAAAAUCUACAAAAACAAAUUGAAACGAUCGAUGAUCUUAUAAAUAGUAUAAAUCAAAGUUUCUCGGAAGAAAACAUCAACAGUGGCACAAAGUUCGAUCGAGAUUUAAUCAAGCCCAAUCGGGGUUUCAUCAUGUAUGGCCCACCGGGUACUGGUAAAUCGGAUAUCAUGAGUAAAUUGUCCGUACGUAUGGGCAUCAGCAUGGUUGCACCACCACUAGCUGCUGGCGAGCUCAAUCGGCCGUUGGUCGGUGAAUCGGAACGAAUUAUUUCCGAUAUUUGUAUGCGAUGUCACCGAAUACCAUAUCUUAUGUGUUGUGUGUCGAUCGAUGAAAUCGAUUCACUUGCACCGAAACGUAAAGAUGGUACAAGCGAUGGAAAUGUGGCUAAACUAAGUGUUCUAUUAUCAGUGAUUGAUGGCAUUAAAGAUGUACCAAACUUAAUGAUAUUUUGUGCUACGAAUCGUUUACAUAUGAUGGAUGAUGCAUUUCUACGGCGUAUGUCAGGCAAAUUCUUUGUUGGGCGACCUUCUUCACAUGCUCGUAAAAGUAUUUUAAGUGGAAUAAAACCUUGGCAUAUGCCACCAAAUUUGCUCGAUGGUUUGACAACGGCUACUACCAAUUUUAGUGGAGCAGCACUUCGAAGUCUUCGUCGGCUGAUAACGGUAUAUUGCCAUAAUGCUCAAACUACCAAUCCGAGUUAUGUAUUAGAAUAUCGUACACUACUUGAGCUGACUGAUAUUACUGCUAGACACUUUCGUAUUCUGCUCGGUGCUGAAACGCUGCCAACAAUUUUACUACGCUCAAUAGAUCGUCAACAGCUUAACGGUAAUGAUCAACAAUCUCAAGAACAGUUUUAUGACUUGCCGAAUCAAGCCUAUUCGGUAUAUACAGGCAAGAUUCUUAUCGAUAUGCAUGCUGGCUGCGCCAGUAUAGAAGCUAUGUAUACACACCCGACAACCGGUGAACAGAAGAAAAUUGUUUAUCAACAUAAUUUACUCCCUACGGAGACAAGUUUGCAAGAUUUACUUGAACGUUUGACUGUAUACGGAAAAUCACGUAAUGUUCAACUUCUUCAAUUGAUUGAUCUCAAUCUUCUAACUGCUGAAAGUGCUUAUGAUGAAAAACAAAAAUUCGAAACAUUAAAAGAACGACUGGAUGAAUGCGCCGCAUAUCGGCGUUCAAUGACUGUCUACGAUUUAGAUUCAUUAAUUGGUAUUAAUCGAAGUGAAGGAAACGCUUCAACAGGUCGAACAACGAAUCUUUCCUUAAUCAACCAUAAUAUGUACACUCAUGUUAAAGAUAAAUUUCAACAUACCUAUGUUCAAACAGUAUCAGGUUCUGUCAACGAUAAAAAUGUUAACAGUGAUGAGAAAUGGUCUGUUAUGGUUAUAUCUGAACCAUUUUUAUUGCGUCAAUUUUACGAUGAUGUCAAAUUUACACGUUCAGACCACGAAAUUGAGUUAGAAAAAAAUGAAAAUCGACGUGCUACUGAAAGAGUUAAAUGUGUCCAAUGCACUGAUUAUUACAUUGAAAAAGACAAUCAUAUGGGCAUUUGUGUACAUCAUGAUGGAUUUAUCUAUGAUAAUCAUUCUACGAAUAUGAAGAUAUAUACUCCACGAGAAGCUAUUGCGCAAUUAUUGAAAGAAGAUGCUCAGCCAAUUCAACAACAUACACGCUAUGUGCAACCGCCAGAAGACAAGGAAAGAGUUGAACGUAUGAAACAACGUUUCAAGUUUAUUUGUUGCAAUCAAACGUUAGUCACCGGUGGCAUGAUGGGCGGUUGCAAAAGGGGCACACAUAGCGAACCACAUGUCACUUUUGUUGAAUGGGAAAUGGCUUGCAAGAAUAAUAAAGACUAUCGAGAAAAACGAAUCAGUUUACUUCAAAGCAGAACUGGCUUUGAUUGA